AUGGCACAAGGGCUGAAGGUGGCCCUCACGGACCUCCAAAGCUUCCGGAACAACAUGCAGCACCACACUGAGGAGAUCAGUGUGGACCGACUCAUUGUUCGCCGAGGCCAGCCCUUCAACAUCACCCUGUACUUCCGAAACCGGAGCUUCCAACCAGACCUGGACAACAUCAUCUUUGUGACUGAGACUGGCCCUCUGCCAGACCUGGCCAAGGGGACUCGAGCCGUGUUCAGUCUGGCACGUCAUGGUGGCCCCAGUCCCUGGAUCGCCUCGCUGGAGUCCAAUGGGGCCACUUCUCUGGAGGUGAGCCUCUGCGCCCCUCCUAUGGCAGCGGUGGGUCGGUACCUUCUGAAGAUUCACAUUGACUCCUUUCAGGGCUCUGUCACAGCCUACCACAUUGGCGAGUUCAUCCUGCUCUUCAACCCCUGGUGUCCAGGGGAUGCUGUCUAUUUGGAAAGUGAGCCUCAAAGGCAAGAGUACGUUAUGAAUGAUUAUGGCUUCAUCUACCAAGGAAACAAGAACUGGAUCCGCCCAUGCCCAUGGAACUAUGGACAGUUUGAAGAGAGUAUAAUAGACAUCUGCCUGAAGCUGCUAGACAAGAGUCUGCACUUCCAGAUUGACCCCGCCACGGAUUGUGCCCUACGAGGAAGCCCUGUCUACAUCAGUCGAGUGGUGUGCGCCAUGAUCAACAGCAAUGAUGACAAUGGGGUACUCAAUGGAAACUGGAGUGAGAAGUACGUGGAUGGGAUCAACCCUGCGGAAUGGACUGGAAGUGUGGCCAUCCUAAAACAGUGGCACGCCAUGGACUGCCAGCCAGUGCGUUAUGGGCAGUGUUGGGUCUUUGCUGCGGUCAUGUGCACAGUGAUGAGGUGCCUGGGGAUCCCAACUCGUGUGAUCACCAACUUUGAUUCUGGCCACGACACAGAUGGAAAUCUGAUCAUCGAUGAGUAUUAUGACAACACAGGCAGGAUUCUGACGAAUAAGAUGAAGGACACUGUCUGGAAUUUUCACGUCUGGAAUGAGUGCUGGAUGGACCGAAAGGACCUUCCUUCUGGCUAUGGAGGCUGGCAGGUGCUGGACGCUACGCCUCAGGAGACGAGCAGUGGCCUCUACUGCUGUGGCCCUGCCUCUGUCAGAGCCAUCAAAGAGGGGGAAGUGGAUCUGAACUAUGACACACCCUUUGCCUUUGCCAUGGUGAAUGCCGACUGCAUGUCCUGGCUUGUCUAUGGAGGAAAGGAGCAGAAACUUCACCAGGACACACAUUCUGUCGGCAAUUUUAUCAGCACCAAGAGUAUCCAGAGUGAUGAGCGAGAUGACAUCACAGAGAACUACAAAUAUGGAGAAGGUUCCCCCCAGGAGAGGCAGGUGUUUCUAAAGGCUCUUCAGAAGCUGAAGGCUGGAAGGACCCAAGGCUCCCACCAAGGAUAUGAUGCUCAACCUUCUAGGCCAAUGACACUGAGCAGGGACAGCCCUCGAAGCCUAGCUACACCUUCCCUUCGGACCAGUGAUGUUGUCCAGGUCUCCCUGAAACUCAAGCUGCUCAACCCAGCCAACAUGGGCCAGAACAUAAGCUUUGCUCUAGUGGCUCUCAACAUGUCAUCCCAGUUCAAGGACCUCAAGGUGAACCUGAGUGCCCAGUCCCUGCUACAUGACGGCAGCCCCCUGCCCCCCUUCUGGCAGGACACAGCAUUCAUCACCCUCUCUGCUGAAGAAGAAAAGAUCCAUCCCUGCAAAAUCCCCUAUUCCCAGUACAGCCAGUACCUGUCAAUGGACAAGCUGAUCCGCAUCAGUGCUCUGGGAGAAGAGAUGAGUUGUCCUGAGAAGAUCCUGGUGAACAAGAUUAUCACCUUGGCCUAUCCUGGCAUCAUGAUUAAUGUCCUAGGAGCUGCCAUUGUGAACCAACCACUUUCCAUACAGGUGGUAUUUGAAAACCCCCUCUUAGAGCCAGUUGCUGACUGUGUGCUGACCGUGGAAGGCAGUGGCCUCUUCAAGAAGCAGCAGAGAAUAAUCAUUGGAAUCCUUAAACCUCAACAUCGGGCCAGUAUCACUCUGAAGACUGUCCCUUUUAAGAGUGGCCAAAGGCAGAUUCAAGCUAAUCUGAGGAGCAAUAAAUUUAAGGACAUCAAGGGUUACAGAAAUGUGUUUGUAGAAUUUGGCUUAUAAAUUCUGGGACA